GACCCCUCGAGACUGACAGUCCGAGUCCAUCCGGUGCAAUUGCGUGCACCACGGCACUCGAGCCGCUCCUUUCAACCAUCGUCGCUCCUUUCUGAGACUCGAACGGCGGAAUUAAACUUUUUCCUCACUUGCACGGGACGUCUAAUCGCAGAUCUAAUCGCAACUCUGAAUGCGAAGUCGCUCUUUUCCCUCAACACCGACCGUCCACUCCUCGCUUGUAGUGCCAUUUGUCCUCGACCAGGACAAAGCGAACUUUCGAACUUUCUAACUUUCUUCCCGCAGCUCUUCACUCCCUCUAGCGCAUCUCGGUCCUGGCGACAUCAAUCGAAUAAACGACAUGAAAUACUGACCGUUGACGGCACACGCACACACAUACCCAAGACAUACGUUUGCGGACGGGCCCGUCUUGCUUGUCCCUCAUUCCAUCAUACCCAUUCGCGGUCCCUUGAUUCUAUCAGCCCGACAUAGUUCAGCCUCUCAAUGAUGUGGCCCUCAUCCGUCCGCGCCUCCGGCGCCGCAGGCGCCGCGCUUCUGGUGUGGUCCGCCUUGGUCGGCAAUGCCGCCGCCCAGGUCCAUACCGACUGCUACCCCAUGAAUCAGACGUGCCCGCCGGACCCCGCCUUCGGCCUGGAUGUCAACUUCAAUUUCAACACCACACCAAAUGUCGACGUUUGGGAGACACAAGUCGGUCCCGUCACCUGGGAUCCCGAGAACGGGGCCGGCUUCACGAUCACCAAGCAAGGCGAUUCCCCCACCAUUCGGACCAAGUUCUACUACUUCUGGGGCCGCACCGAGGUCCACAUGAAGGCGGCCAAGGGCACCGGCGUCAUCAGCUCCAUCAUGAUGCUCAGCGACAAUCUGGAUGAGAUCGACUGGGAGUUCUUUGGCGGCAACAAGACCACCGCCCAGAGCAACUACUUUGGGAAAGGCGUCAUCCCCGAUGUCCCCAACGCCGUCUACCACCAGAUCCCCGGCAGCGUGUCGGACGAUUUCCACAACUACACCACUGUCUGGACCAAGGACUACUUGGACUUCUACAUCGACGGAGACAAGGUCCGCACCCUGCUGCCCCAGGACGCCAACAACUCGUACUACUACCCUCAGACUCCCAUGAGGCUGUCCAUCGGCAUCUGGGCUGGCGGUGACCCGCGCUUACCCCAAGGCACGCGCGACUGGGCCGGCGGCACCACCGACUACUCUCAGGGCCCCUUCGAGAUGCUCGUCAAGAGCGCUCACAUCACCGACUUCAGCAGCGGCAAGGAGUAUGUCUACACCGACAGGAGCGGCUCGUGGGAGAGCAUAAAGAUUGUCGAGGGUAACUCCACCGUCAAGGAGAUCCUCGAGAAACCGCCCGAGAAGUCGCUCUCGGAGAAAUGGGCUGACCUGCCGCAAGGCUCCAAGAUCGCCAUCUACGCCUGCGCGUCCGGCUUUGUCGGCCUGUUGUUCUUCGCGGGCCUCUUCUACUGCAUCCGACAGCGGCGCCGCGGCGCGCGCGAGGCCAAGGCCGCCGAGGCCCGCGCCGAGGCCGAGCGCCUCGAGCUCGAGCGCUACCGCAAGGCCGGCAUCGACCCGGACAGCUUCGCCUCCGACUCGCAAGCGCACGAGUACAACGCCAAGGAGAUGCGCCGCGACGGCUUCGUCGACGACGACAGCUACAGCGUGCACGACUCGCCCGCCGCCAACCCCAUGACCCCGGCCUCCCCGCUCGACCACAGGUACGACUCCGCGGCCGCCACGGCCCUGGGUGCGAGCGCCGCCGGCGGUGCCGCUGCCGCCGCCGCCGCCGCCUCUUCCUCCCCCACGCGCAGCCCCGUCGUCCCCCGCCUCAGCGACCGCGCGCAGCCCCCCCGCGUCGGCACCCCGGGCCCUCCUUCUCCCCGGCACGCCCCGUCCUCCCCCGGCCAGGGCAGCGUGCGCAGCCCGUCGUCGCCGCAGCACUACCCGGAGCCGCCGUCCCGCAGCCAAACCAGCCCCCGCAUCGGGUCGCCGGGCCCGCAGCAGAUGGCGCACCCGCAGCCCCAGAGGAGCUUCACGACGGACGCGUACCGCGACCCCGGGCAUGACGGGCAGGGUGGUGGCGGGUACAACGGAGGAAACGGUCAGGGGUAUGGGCAGCAGGGAGGCAGGGGAAAUGAUGGUUACUGGGGCUAUGCUAGGUAAGGUGGGAGGAAGGGGUGGAGUUGGGAGGA